AAACCUCAAGCGUCCAUGAACCUUUCGACUGAUGCCACACACUCUUCUAUUUCAGGAGUCACUAUACUGCUCUCGCUUACCGUAUUCCUAAACAUUGUCACCGAAAAUAUACCUGAGACUUCCGAUGCUGUUCCCCUCAUAUCCACGUACUUCAACUGCAUCAUGUUUAUGGUGGCCUCCUCCGUGGUGCUGACCGUGGUAGUGCUGAAUUACCAUCAUCGCACUCCUACCACUCAUACAAUGCCGAACUGGGUAAGUGGAGCUCUUGGACAAGCAACACGAGACAACGAUGCGCGUCACAUGCCCCGUUGGGUAAGCCUCGACGAAUACUCAGCUACCCAGCACUUACCUCUCUCUUACCUUCCUUGCUAUCCUUCCUCUGAGGAAAUGGAGAGAAUAUGGUUUGUAAAUGAAGAGUGUGAGGAAAAAUAA